AUGAAUGAGGAAGAUGAGAUCUUUGCCUCACACAAUGUUGUCUCCCUAUUUACCAACACCCCAAUAGACAAAGCUUUGGAAAUCAUUCGGGAUAGAUUAGAAAAUGACAGCACUCUGAAGAAAAGAACUUUAUUGACUCUAAGUGACAUCAUGGAACUGUGUGAAUUCAUUUUAACGACUACCUAUUUUCAAUUUAGGGGUAACAUUUUUCAGCAAAGGUUUGGCACAGCUAUGGUUAAUUCCGUGUCUCCUUUUGGCGCUAAUUUGUAUGUGGAGUGGCUUGAGAAGAAGGCAAUAGCAACAGCUCCGGUCAAAUGUAAACCACAACUAUGGAAACGUUACGUUGACGAUAUCCUGGAGACGAUAAAUAGGGGAGAAACUCAAAACCUGAUUGACCACCUCAACAUUGUCUAUGCCACAGACAGCAUCAAAUUCACACAUGAGGAAGAGAACAAUGGAACAAUACCGUUCUUGGACACACUGAUUGUCAGAAGGCCGGACGGUAGUGUGAAAUUACUGGUUUGCAACGAUAUAGUCACGGAGAAAGAUGACAGAAAGAAAGCGGAAGCUCAUAUAGUGGAAGCUUUGGGGAAAUGUGGAUAUCCGAAGUGGUCAUUUCAAAAAGUGAAAAAGCAGAUAGAAAGAAAGAAAGACACAAAGAAGAAAGGAAAACCCAAAGACAAAGACAAUGAUCAAUUGGAAAGGUUUAGUCAUCCUACCUUACGUAAAAGGCUUAACAGAGGGAGUAAUAGAGUGCUAAGAAAACAUCAUGUAGCAACUGCGUUGAAGGAAAAUUAUCAAAUGAAAGAUACCAUUAUACAUUUACUCGAUCUAAAGAACUGGACGAAUUCGGAAGAAAUAAUUGCAAGUGAGGAAGUAAUUAAAGCGGCAAUAAAUGAGACGAGUAAGACACUCCAAUCUCAUCAUCAUUUAUUGUCGUUAUAUGGAUUGUACGUCAAACAGUUACGAACAAAUGGCACACUCGCUGAAAAGAAAACUGAAGAGGAAACCAGGACAAAACUACACAACUUUGAAGUCAAAAUCUACAGUUGUAUAUGUAGCCUCAACAUAGCUAUUCAGUCAUUUGGAAAUGUUGUCAGAAGUAACGUGUCAAUUGCUAAUCUUAACCCAACUUUUUUAGGAAGUGCAUCCCCUUUAACGCAUGCGACAUAUAGGGCAUAUAUUUCGAUGCAGGACGGUGCUAACCUGAUGGACUUUUUAAACACAAUUUAUCAGGAGGUAGAAGAAUCCAUUGCUGCAACAUCGGCUUAA